UUAUAAAACGACAGAGAGAGGGAGAGAGAGAGAGAGAGAGAGAGAGAGAGAGAGAGAGAGCCCAAUUUUUAAAGUUCACGAUGUCUAUUUUACCUUUUACUCCACCGAUCGUGAAAAGACUUUUGGGGUGGAAAAAGGGAGAGCAAAACAGCCAGGAGGAGAAAUGGUGCGAGAAGGCAGUUAAAAGCUUGGUGAAGAAGCUGAAGAAGACUGGACAGCUAGACGAACUGGAGAAAGCCAUCACCACCCAGAACGCAAACACCAAGUGUAUCACCAUCCCGAGGUCUCUUGACGGGAGGUUACAGGUGUCUCAUAGGAAAGGUCUCCCUCAUGUGAUCUACUGCCGGCUGUGGCGCUGGCCAGACCUUCAGUCUCACCACGAGCUGAGAGCCAUGGACCUGUGUGAGUUUGCUUUCCAUAUGAAGAAGGAUGAGGUGUGUGUGAACCCCUACCACUAUCAGCGGGUAGAAACGCCAGUUCUUCCACCAGUUCUCGUCCCUCGCCACACUGAGAUUCCCAGUGAGUUUCCUCUACUGGAUGACUACAGUCACUCCAUCCCUGAAAACACCAAUUUCCCUGCUGGCAUUGAGCCACCAAGCAACUACAUUGCAGAAACACCUCCUCCAGGUUACCUGAGUGAGGAUGGGGAGACCAGCGACUAUUCCCUGAACCCUAGCAUGGACACAGGAUCUCCAAGCCUUUCACCAAAUUCUUUAUCUCCACCACCGAGCACCUUAGACCUGCAACCUGUGACGUACUGUGAGCCAGCGUUCUGGUGCUCCAUAUCCUACUAUGAGCUGAACCAGCGGGUGGGGGAAAUCUUCCACGCAUCCCAGCCUUCUCUCACAGUAGACGGGUUUACUGAUCCAUCCAACUCGGAGCGUUUCUGCCUGGGCCUGCUAUCCAAUAUAAACCGCAAUGCUGCCGUGGAGCUUACACGCAGACACAUUGGCCGGGGAGUGCGUUUAUACUACAUAGGAGGUGAGGUGUUUGCUGAAUGUCUCAGUGACAGCGCUAUCUUUGUUCAGAGUCCCAACUGCAACCAGCGCUAUGGCUGGCACCCUGCCACCGUCUGCAAGAUCCCACCAGGCUGUAAUCUGAAGAUCUUCAAUAAUCAAGAGUUUGCUGCUCUUUUGGCCCAAUCUGUGAACCAAGGCUUUGAGGCUGUGUAUCAGCUGACCCGCAUGUGCACCAUCCGCAUGAGUUUUGUUAAGGGCUGGGGAGCUGAGUACAGGCGGCAGACGGUCACCAGCACCCCCUGCUGGAUAGAGCUGCACCUGAACGGACCCCUGCAGUGGCUGGAUAAGGUUCUCACCCAGAUGGGCUCUCCCUCCAUCCGCUGCUCCAGCGAGUCCUAGGAAAAUCCUCUUAUUAACGCUGCAGGAUGUAACCAAACCAAAACCUGAUACAUAUUCCUAUAGGAACUGAGAUCUUUAAAGCCAUGAGUCAAUAGGAAACUAGAGCUUUACAAAACCCACCCACUUUCAGUAGCACUUUCACACACGUUCAUCUCAGAGAGGAAGCGUGUAUUAAACAAUACAAAUUCUGCUUUGUCCAUAUCGUUUAUCGCUGACGUCCCGUUUAGCUUCUUGGAUUUUAGUGAACUGAAUUCGUUUGGUUGAUCAUGUGUACUGUAGAUUUCCCAUUGUUGUUUUUGAGUGUACAGUGAAAUAUUAAUGGAUUUUUAUACAUUUUAGUUAAAGUUGUACUUGUCUAUAUUUUGGUUAAAUUACUUUGAACAAAGUAACAGAAGAAAACUCAUUAUGUAGUAUAUUCUAGAUGUUAAUGUGAGAUCAUGAGCUCUUUAAGAACUGUCAGAGGCUUCGUUUUGUCAGCUGCAUGCUUGCCAUUUGAUUUCAUCUUUACUGGGUUUUUUUUUUUUCCAAGAAGUGGAACUGAGCACAUUCACCAAGUCAUUUAAAAAAGGAACCCUCACCAUCUAUAGCCAUAAUUCCUCAGUGCCUUGCGAUGCAAAAGUGAAACGAACAUUAAUUGUUAAAGGCAUUUUUUCAACCUAAUGUCUGUUCACCACAUCUGAAGCGUAGGUGUGGUUACUAAAGAUGAGAAUUUCAGCACGUCUCACUGAAGCGAGUAAAAAAACGAAACCCUGUUUACUCAAAACUCACCUUUGAUGCAGGUCCAACGACAGGUGUUGUGGUAAGUAAACGGUUGUGCGUGGUGGAACAGUUGCACAAUCUCCUCACUCAAAAGGCAGAUAGUGUUUAAGUUAUUAGACUCCUGACAUGUAUUGCUUGUAUGCGAAUGUAUUGUUUGUCUCAUCCCAAGAUCUACAUUCUUAGCAUGGAACAAGUUGUUAUACUGUAUUACUGUUGUGCAUUGCAAGGUAUUAUAGAAUUUUGUGUAAAAGUUUAAUAUAGCUAAAUAUUUAAAAAAGGUUAUUAAUCUGGAAACACCCAUCAUGGCCAUGGAAAAUAGCCAAAAAAAAAGGGAAAAUAGCAUCAAAAUUGUUUUAAUGCUUGUAACAUGAUUUGACAUCUUUACUCAUCAUUGACAUCGAAAUUAUAAUAUUUUAAUCAGAGCACAAUAUUAUAUUGGACGGGAAGUCAGUCUUAACUUUUUAAAGCAUCGCAAGCAUCCGUGAUUUCUUCACACAAUCAGUUCACACUCUGGUUAGACGUUCGAUAGCUACAGAACAUGCUGUAGUAAAUAAGACAAGAAUAGUCGACUGGGUCUGUAACCAGAUAUCGGCUGUCAAAACACAGAUGAAGUGACGCUCUGUGACGUGGACUUUGCAAACAUUUGCUUGUGGUUGAGGUGAAUGUAAAAGAGAAGGAGAAUCACGUAUUAAAGAUAAAUAGAAUAUUUCAUAUUAAGGGUUUUCCCAAGGUUAUUAGACCUUUAUAAGGGAUUUUUUUUCACAUUACAGAGGAAUGUCUGGAAGUUUAUUGUGGAAAUCUCACAUACGCCUCACCUAAAGUUGAUAAAGAUGCGGUUUUGAAAGUUUCCCUUAAGCAUUAUUGGAACACUGUACAGCCAUUUAGGCUCGGCAUCGCUAUAAGAAUUCACACCGCAACAUAUUUUUUGCGGCAUUAAGCAAACAGAAUGAUGGUGGGUGGAGGGGGAAGGGUGUCACUGUAGAUUACUGACGGAUGAAAGGUUGUUAUUACUCCUGUGGUACAGCCUCACAUCAGUGUUUUUAAUCUGUCUACAUGGAGCCAUGCCAAGUCUCGCACAGUGCAUGUGUGUGUUCUCUUAAGAUGUGCUUAUGGGAGCUGUUUAAUCUGUGUGCCAGCUGUCUCUGCUGUGUGUCUGUAUGUGUCUGGCCAGGCUCCUGGUGAGUUCAGAUAUCCCCGUCUGUAAGGAACAGUUGACACUCAGCCCUCCUUCCUGUGUGUGAUAGGUGUGUGUAACCGAUAUCCGUGCUUAAGCUCUGAGAUUGUGCGAGUCUGUUCUAUAUUUGCAGCAGGAAUUCAGAGCAAGUCCCAGGGAGUUUUGUAGACAACAAAUAAAACUGUAGUUCCAUUGACUAGGUUAAAAAUCAUCUCAGAUGUCAUUUGACAGCUUGGUAUAGAAGCUCACAUUGCUUCUCUUUCAACAUAGAUUGAAUUUGAUUUCACUUCUUUUGUCACUUGUACAGAAAGACAAAUCACCUCCUUAUUAUUCAGAUUUGAGCUAUAGGUUCUCGUUGCUUUGUACAUGCAUGAUAAAUAGAGUUGAUUCCUCUCAAACUCACCUCAGUAUAUAGUUAUUUGCCCUACAAGGUGCUGUUAUAUAUUACUCCAUAAGCUUAAUUAUAAUUUACACAUUUGGAAGUGUUUUAACAGUAGCUGUGUCAGUCUUUGACAGUAUUUAUUCUACCACACCAGUAGUUACGGUAAGCCUAUGAAACUACAGCAACAAACUCUAAACUAUUACAGACUGCGCCAAUGCUGUUGUGUCGGUUUAGAGACAGGACAAAUUCCAAACACCGACGAUCGCAUAUACACAUUUUUUUAUUUUGUGAAGUGCAUUUUAACACACACACACACACACACACACACACACACACACACACACACACACACACUCCCCGUAACAACAUUUUGAAAAAUAAUUUCUAUAUUAAAAGAUUUUUACACAUUCAAUAUGAAACAAAAUGAAUGAAAGUGUAUCUGUUGGUAUAUGUUUGUAUAUACUCAGGUACAUUUAUUUAUAUUCUGAAAGUUAUUUCAACCAAACAAAGUUAAAAGUGUGUGGCUUUGGUAAAGAUCUGUCACAAAAGCAGCAGUUCAAGCUUUCAGUUAUGUACAAGCAUGCAUGUAUAGGUACUGUAUACUCACACUCCUCCUGAAACAGCUUCGUUUAGAGAUUGCCUUUGUAUGAAUUUUCUACUCUUGGCACUAAUCGGUUCAUGAUUCCCGAAUAGUUUGUAAGUACUGUAUUCAGUAGCCUUGUAGAUUAAAGCAUGCAUGUUUUCAGAGUUUGAUAAAAUUUCUUGCCAAGUACUAUUUUGAUAACAGUUUCUUCAGGGUGGGGAGAGUUAAAAAAUGCUGCCAGAUUUAUUUUUGGACAGCCAUGUAUUUUUAUACUAUCGACAGAACAAGGGAGAGGGCAGUAAAAAGGAAACAUUUGUGAGAAUGCGUAUAGUGGUUUUGCUUUGUUUUUUUCUUUUAAGCAAAGGCUGUAAAAUCUAGACAAAUUUCGAGAUUUCAAGAGAUGAUUCAGAUAUUAGAGCAAAGUCUGUGCACAAAUUAUACAAAUCUCUUAUGUGAAGACCAUAGUUUAAAUUUAAAGCUCAAAUGCAUUGUAGAGCAUUGUGAUAAUGAUGAUGGGUAGAGGGAGUGUGUUUAAAAUGAAAGGUUGUUAUUACUCUUGUAGUACACCUAGGCAUUUGUGUGUUUAUUUAUCACAUGGGCCCAUGCCAUGUGUCCCACAUACCGUGUGAGAUCUUUAGUAAAUAAUAUUUCAAAAUGAUUGUUAUUGGAGAAAUUUGCAUUGCUGAAUUUUCCCAUUGGGAUGAAUAAAGUAUCAUUCUAAUCUAAUCUAAUCUAAUCUAAUUGCAGGAUUUUUGAGUUUUAUUUUGGAAACAUCUUUAACAAUCAACUUCCCAGCAACAUAUAUAGAAAGUAAACUUUACAUGUUUGAUUUUUAUUCCAUGCUUUAGACAUUCAUGCUAUAUUAAAUAAUAGUAUGUAUUGUUAUGAUAAACAGUAAUCAUUUGUGAUUAUUUAUAGCAAUUCUAUCCUGCUAUUUGUAUUCAAGGAGAAUGGAUUAACAAUCCUAGUAAACAACAAUGAAAGAUUUUUCAUCCUUGAGAAAAGUUUAGCCAUUUUAUUUGAAGUUUAUCAGCAAAUUGUUGAUUUAACUUUAAGUAGUGUGCAUUAUUGUGCUUGUAAUAUGUUGAUUGUUUUAAUGGUCUCAUUCUGUGACAUUGUGCUUAGCUGUGCUUAUGCUUUAAAUGUCUUUCUUUUUCUAUAAAGAUAUAUAUAUAUAUAUAUAUAGAUAUAUAUAAGUGCGAAAAUAAAUGUCAUUGUAUUUGUUAUUAAUGUACUUUUAAUAAAAAAGAUAUAUCUCAAAUUG